AUGAGUGAACUAUGUGUUCUAGAACCGUUUUCCACUGCUCCAUCUGCUGGAUAUGUCUCCUGCACCAAGUGUCACAGACGGGACAGCGUGCAGCUGCCGCCACCAGCCAGGCCGCUGUCAGCGCCGCCGCCGCCGCCGCUUCAGAACCGUGGCUGCUACUGCAAAGAAAGGGUUACUCCUCUGCUGGAGUCAAGUGGCUGCAAACUUCCCCUGCUCUGCGUGUACAAUUUUCCGCAAACUUGCACGUCGUUGCGUGCACAAGGACCGAGGAAAACCAUUGCAAGCAUCACACGGACCAGCACCACAAAGGACACUCCCGGAAGUAGCCUGUGGAGCAGACACGUGUUGGACCUGACCUUUCCAAUAUGGUCUCAGCUGAGCAAUGGCAAAGCUGAACACUUCCUUCUAGUAAGCUUCAGACACCUUAAGGGCCGGCGAUGUGGUUCAUCAAGUCAAAGCCCUGGCCUGAAGUGCCAGCAUCCCGUGUGGUUGUCCAUUCCAGUCCUGGCUGCUCCUCUUCCAAUCCAGCUCUCUGCUGUGGCCUGGAGUAGCAGUAGAAGAUGGGCCAAGUCCUUGGGUCCUUGCACCCGCAUGGAAGACCCAGAAGAAGCUCCUGGCUCCUGGCUUUGGAUCGGCAGCUCCAGCCAUUGAAGCCAACUGUGGAGUGAACCAGCAGAUGGAAGACCUCUUUCUCUGUCUCUACCUCUCUCUAACUCUGUCUUUCAAAUAAAUAAAAAAAAUCUAAAAGAAAUUACUGUGUCACUUAUGCCCACAAAUAGCAUCAUAUUUUUCUGUUACAUUGAGUAAAACUGCUUUUUGUCAUUUCCAUUUGUACAAAGGGAAAAUUAAUAAAUGUAUAUUCUUGUUUAAAGCUGUGAGAUAAGUAAACAAUUUUGAUCACAUUUAUAUAAAGUUGAGGCAUUCUGAUGUCAUAUAUAAAUAUCCAGAAAAAUUGAAACUGUAUAAUGAAGAGUUAAACUUUUCCCAUAUUUGACAUCUUUUAAAUUAACUGCAAGCAAGUAAAAGAGAAAAGAAAUAAGGAGUACCUAAGUUAUUCAUUCAAAUCCUAUUAUUUCUAUUGAUUUAGUAAUUGGUAAACCUCAUGUUCUACUCUGUGAAGUAAUAAUGCUCCUGGCCAUGAGCUCUUUUAUUUCAGGACUGUAAUUUGAAAUAUUUCAUUCACCUCUGAAAGUUGCAAUAUAAUCCACAUGCCGAUCUCCCAGAAGGAAUCUCUUAAUGCAGAUGUGCUAAGCAAGUGAAAACAGAAUGUUAAAGAUCAGGGAACCUCUUUUCUUGGAAACGUACACUUCACCUAAGAUGUGACACAUAACUUCAGUUUUGCUGGAGGCUCUUGGAGGUGUAGCUGCUGGUUGGCAACACCAUUAGAUAGUUCAAGUUGGGAAUGGAAGGUUAACAAAAGAUAGACAAAAGAUAAUCCACGUUUCUAGUUUUCAAGGGAUUCACAGGUGGUAGCAGAGUGUGAGUUGUCAGUAUUAAAUCUAAUACAUUCCUCAGGUAGAGCAAGGGUUGGGUUACUACCCUGGAGAAAUGGCAAUCUGGUUUUCCACAUUUGGAGUUAGAAACAGGCGCACUGGAAGAUUUUCUAUUUUAAGAGAACUUGAACUGAAAUCAAGAUCUGGAAUAAUUUUAUGGCUCCAGUUUUUUAUAAAUGGAUUAACAUUUCCAAUAUGAAAAGCUUGAAUGAAAAUACUAUAAUGAGUCUGCUUCCUCCCAGUUAUUUUCCAAGUCAUAAACUAACACAGAGACUGACAUGUAAUUUAGCAACUGUGCUUCAUCAAACCAAACUUCUUUUUCCUAACUCAAUUUUUGCUCAAGCUAACAGUGUCAUCAUAGAAAGAGUCUCUAAUUUAAAUGCUACUAAUCACUGUAGAUUUAAUUUGAAUCUAAAGUAAACUAUCAGCCCAGUGUGCAAAGUUUUGAAGAUUCAGUGAACUUGAAAAGUUGUAGUUUCAGUUCAGUUCUUCAAGUUAUCCUUUGCUGGAAAAUUGGGCACACGAGGCAAUUCAAAGAUGGCGCCCAAAGGAAGUAAGGUGGGCGGUACCCAAAGUUGUUUACCACCAAAGCUGUUUGGCCCUGCAGCAUCAGGGGAGGUGACAACAACUGAUGACGAGUGUAUAAACAUAUGGCUGGUUCUGUAAAAAAUCGCCCCAUAAAAUGACCUUUUAAGUAAUUGGCUGGUCCUUAUGUUCUGCCCCAGUGACUAUGCAGUUUUGUGCUUUCAAAGGUUUUGCUAUGCUCGCAAUAAACGAGUUCUUUCUUGCUUGACUUGACUCCCUGCUGCGUCUGAUUGUCUCCAGGAUCGGGAGGCUGGGGAACAGGCGAGCGACACACUUAUCUUUCUUCAGACCCAGUCCAUCUUCAUUAGGGUGGACUAAGACCCUGCAGUCCUUCAUAUGCAUCCUCUCAGGCACUUGUGCUUUCUACAGAAUAACAUAGUGCUCACUGCAGACUUUCUACAUCAUAUUAUUGAGCAAGACGUAAAUAGAAAUGCUAUAGUUCUUAACAAAGUCUUAAUAUGUUCUCAGCACUUCCCAGCAUUUGAGAUCUUUAGUUAGCAUGAGAAACUUGUGCUACAUGUCCUUUUCUGCUUACUAAUUCUUUCUUAAAGAACUGCAACCUAGGCAAAUGAGAACAGCCUAACCAAAGACUUUUAAAUUACACACACACACACGCACACCUCUAGAUGUCUUCUUUAUAAUAAAUCCAUUCAGUGUGAAUGUUCUAUGACUUUUUCCACUCUGCUUAGACAUGAAUUGAAUAUUUUAUAUUUGGCAUACUUUGAUUUUCUAUUAAAGGAUAUGCAUUUUAGAGAUAAUUUAUUAACAACUAUGAAAAUACAAUAAUUUGAAAGGAAGAAUGUGCUUAUUUUGUUACACAUAUUUCUAAUUUCUCACACAAAAUGUAUUGUAGUAGAACAUAUAAACAAUGGCAAGCCACAAAUAAAUAUCCAUAAGGUGGAAUGAUCUACGUUACUGUAAUUCUUACAUCCUUACAUCGUAUCAGUGUUGAGAAAAGGAAGUCUGCAUUCCUCCCCCACAUUGAUGGUGAUAUCAGACCAAACCUAUUAUAACUUUUGUUAGAAAAUUUCUGGCCCAUCGCUCUGAAUUUACAUUUGGUGAUCAGAAUGCAUGAAAAGUCCUUAGAGUUAGCAUAUGCUCUUUGAAGAGCUAGAUUUUAUCAAAAUAAAUUGAAUGUAUAUGAUAUUUGGGUAAGCAGAAAUGCCUUGAUAGCACUAAAUAGCCUCAGUAGAGUUACUCCAUAUGAAGUCAUCAAAAAAGAUAUAGACAAGUACAUUUCAAAUGUAUAAUCAAUGGCAUUGCCCAGAUUACCUCUCUAAUUAUGCCAGCUUUUCACUGCCCUUUCAACUUCUCAUAAUUUGACCAAUUUUCUUUUGGACUACAUCCUAAGAAGGUCAGGUCAUCUACUACUAGAAACCCCCAAAAGCGUUUUGACCCUCACACAU